AUGAGUGUGUCAAACAACACCAUUCUGAAUCUUAGCGCUGGGCUCAAAAGUGUCCAUCUCUCAAAGGAUGAUAACCCCAACCUCAAUUUGUUGCAGCAACAAAUCCAGCUGGAGGCCACCGGAGGGCAACAACUGCGAAUUACCAGGUUCUUUCUCAAUCAACCUACCGAGGGUUACACCCUAUUCUCGCAUCGCUCAGCUCCCAACGGAUUCAAAGUCGCGAUAAUAUUGAGUGAGUUGGGAUUGCAAUUCAAUACUAUUUUCCUUGAUUUUAAUCACGGUGAGCAGCGGGCACCAGAAUUUGUUACGAUCAACCCAAAUGCUCGGGUGCCGGCUCUUAUUGACCAUUAUAAUGAUAACACCGCUAUCUGGGAGUCCGGAGCAAUUAUCUUGUACCUUGUUCAAAAAUAUUUGAAAGAGAAUGGCGAAUGCCCUCUUUGGAGCAGUAACCUCAAUGAGCAAACUCAAAUUUCUCUGUGGUUGUUUUUCCAAACUCUGGGACAUGCGCCUAUGAUUGGCCAAGCACUUCAUUUCCGCUACUUCCACUCUUGUAGUGUGCCGCUGGCGGUGGAGCGGUACACCGACGAAGUACGUAGGGUGUAUGGCGUGAUUGAAAUGGCUCUUGCGGAACGCCGAGAAGCCUUAAUCAUGGAAAUGGAUGUGGAAAAUGCUGCAGCAUACCUGGCGGGGACAACGCCGUUAAGCCAAAGCAGGUACUUUGACUAUCCCGUGUGGCUUGUGGGCGAUCUGGCAACUGUUGCCGAUUUGUCGUUCGUCCCAUGGAACAACGUCGUUGAUCGGAUUGGGAUAAAUCUUAAGACUGAGUUCCCAGAGGUCUACAAAUGGACGAAGCACAUGAUGCGUCGGCCUGCAGUUGUUAGGGCUUUACGUGGAGAUUAA